AUGUCCCGCACAAUCUUCUACGGCGCAUCAUUCGCCGCUUUCGCCUCCGCUUCAAUCCUCACCUUAACAGCAAUAACCCUCCCCCGCUGGGUCUCCUACACCUACGAAACCUCCUCAGGCCCCAUAACCCAAACCUACGGUCUCCGUCACAGCUGUCGCACAGGUCCAUCCCUCACAAACCCAACAACAAUCUGUCGCCCAUUCCCCACCCUUCAAGACUGCGAGGACUCAGCGCAUUUCUGUUCAUUAUGGAAAUCAACGAAUUACCUCAUGAACCUGGCUGUAUCGGUUGAAGUUCUUACUUGUUUAUGUUUUAUAUUAAUACUCUCCUCCCCUAACACCACCACCACCACCACCACCCGGGAUAACAAUACUACCACCAAUAGCAAUAAUACGACAACGAAUAACACAAUCAGAAAAUCCGGCUGGAAAUUCCUAGUACUCCUACUAUCAAUAUCAGUAACAUGUCAACUCCUUGCGAUGUCGCUGGUGAGUUAUGUGUACGAGAAUGAUGAACGGUUCUUUGUGGGUUGGAGGUUGGAUGUUUGUUGGGUGCUUUGUAUGGUUUCUUGGGGGGUUGGGUUGGUUGUUACGGGGUUGGUGGGGUUGGUUGGGUGGGUUUUGCCGGAGGAUGCUGGGGGGAGGGAGGGGUAUGAGAGGUUGCAGUAG